UUAGGAUUAUGUGUAUGCGUGUGUAUACAUAGUCUAUUCCGUUUCAAUAUUACUUCCGUCUCAUUAUUAUUAUUAUUAUUAUUAUUAUUUAUUGGUGUGAAGCGUAUUCAGUCGGUACCGCUGGUGAUUGGGCAGUUUUUGGAGGCAGUCGAUCAGGAUCAUGCGAUAGUUGGGUCGACGACGGGUUCGAACUAUUUCGUGCGAGUGCUAUCAAUAUUGGAUCGUGAGCUGUUGAAACCGGGUUGUAGUGUGGCGCUGCAUAAGUACAGCAAUGCGUUGGUGGACGUUUUGCCGCCUGAGGCCGACUCGACAAUACAGAUGCUGCGAGCUGACGAGAAACCUGAUAUUUCUUACGCAGAUAUUGGAGGGUUGGAUAUGCAGAAGCAGGAGGUACGUGAGGCAGUUGAGUUGCCUCUGACCCAUGGAGAGCUCUAUCAGCAAAUUGGGAUCGACCCGCCUCGAGGCGUGCUCAUGUUCGGACCACCCGGCUGCGGGAAGACGAUGCUGGCCAAGGCAGUGGCGGCGCAUACGACCGCAUCGUUCAUUCGGGUGGUGGGCAGUGAGUUCGUGCAGAAGUAUUUGGGCGAGGGUCCGCGUAUGGUGCGUGAUGUGUUUCGUUUGGCCAAAGAGAACAGUCCAUCGAUAAUAUUCAUCGAUGAAAUCGACGCGAUCGCGACGAAACGUUUCGAUGCGCAGACGGGUGCGGACAGGGAGGUGCAGAGGAUUUUGCUGGAGUUGUUGAACCAGAUGGACGGCUUCGAUCAGAGCACGAACGUGAAGGUAAUAAUGGCGACGAAUCGUCACGACACGCUCGACCCGGCACUGCUUCGACCGGGCCGAUUGGACCGCAAAAUCGAGUUUCCGAUGCCGGACAGACGGCAGAAACGACUGAUUUUCUCGACGAUCACAACGAAAAUGAAUCUCUCGGAUGAGGUGGACAUGGAGGAGUUCGUGGCGAGACCCGACAAGGUGACCGGUGCGGACAUUAAUGCCAUUUGUCAGGAGGCCGGAAUGCAUGCAGUGCGGGAGAAUCGAUACGUAGUGCUGACUAAAGAUUUUGAAAAGGCUUAUAAAUCGGUGAUUAAGAAGGAUCAGAACGAUUUUGAGUUUUAUAAAUGA